ACCCAUGCGGAUGUACCGCUAUGUAAAAUGGCGGCGUGAGAGAGGCUCGUUCAAAACACAGCGGUUUGUUUUUUACCUGUGACGGCGGUUAGCUAACACCUGUGAGCCGGUGAGCGGUACCUGCGGCUGCCCGAGACCCAUCCACAGGUUCAGGUCGGAAUUCACAGUCCCGAAUAAAAAAGAGCAGGUGGGAUGGCGAAGAGGAUCGCUGAUAAAGAGCUAACGGACAGGAACUGGGAUCAGGAGGAGGAGGGAGAGGAGGCCGGGACCUUCUCAGUAGCAAGUGAAGAUGUGUUGAAGAACCGGGCGAUAAAGAAGGCCAAACGCAGAAAUAUCGGAGCAGAGGGCGAGAGCAGCGGAUCCUUCAAAGGUUUUAAAGGAUUUUCUUUAAGCGGGACAGCGGCGAGUGGAGGUUCGACCCCGACGGCGUUUUCUGGUUUUGGGAACGGCGGCGGCUUUAAAGGCCUCAGCAGUCUGACCAACGGAAACAGCAUCGCUCCAUCCUUCGGAGGUUUCUCUUCUCCUUCUGCAACCACUGCUACACCCGGUCUGACGUUCAACGGCCCCGCCUCCUCCAAGCCCACCACCGACGUCACGGCCAAGCAGACCAAUGGCUCCGCCCCGAGCCCGACUCAAAGCUCGAGCACCGGCAGCAGCGGCGGCAGCAACAAGGAGUACAGCCGGCAGCUCACCGCUCUCAACUGCUCGGUGCGGGACUGGAUCACCAAGCACGUGAACGACAACCCUCUGUGCGACCUCAACCCCAUCUUCAAGGAUUAUGAGCGGCACCUGGCCAGCAUCGAGCGGCAGUACGGAGCCGGCUCCGCUGACGGAGGCUCCGAGGAGAAGAAGCAGGGAGGGAUGCUGCCAACCACAGCCACCCCUCCUCCUCCUCCCUCAUCUUCCUCCAGCAGCAGCAGCAGCUCAGCGGCUCCGGCUCCAGCCGCCAAUUUGUUCUCCUUUGGCAAAAAUACGACAGAAGACCCGGGCCGGGACAAAAGCAGCGCCACUCCCAUCGGCGUCUCGUUUAACUUCGGUCAGAAGGUGGACAGCUCGGUUCUUGGCUCCUUAGGGUCCAAAACGACUCCCCCCAGCUUCUCCUUCUCCUCCAGCCAGACCUCCCUGUUCGGAGCUCCUGGAUCCGCUGCACCGAUGUCCUUCAGCGGGACGAAGCCCGACGACUCUCGGCCUGCAGACGAGAACGGAGACGAGGAGUCGGAUGAGCCGCCCAAACCGGAGAUCAAAGAGGUGAAAGAGGACGACGCCUUCUACUCAAAGAAGUGUAAACUGUUCUACAAGAAGGACUCUGAGUUCAAAGAGAAAGGAGUGGGAACUCUGCACCUCAAACAGACGGACGACGGAAAGACUCAGAUGAUCAUUCGCGCCGACACCAAUCUGGGAAACAUCCUGCUGAACAUCAUCGUGCCGUCGUCCAUGCCGUGCACUCGGGUCGGGAAGAACAACGUGAUGGUGGUGUGCGUCCCCAACCCGCCCGUCGACGACAAGAACCCCGGCAGCCCCGUCCCCCUCCUCAUCCGGGUCAAAACCACCGAGGACGCCGACGAGCUCCACAAGACCCUGGAGGAGAAGAAAGGCUGAACCCUCCUCCCAUCCUCCUCUUCCUCCUCUUUUAUCCUCCGGACUCAUCGACCUCACCGCGCCGGUUACACACACACACACACACACACACACACACACACACACACACACACACACACACACACACACACACACACACACACACCCCUGUACUUCCUGGUAAAUCCCCGUCAGUUGCUCACAAUAAAUUGGUCGUCAUACUGUGAAAUAUUUCCUUUUCACUUUUAAUCUCAGAAGCAGGUCGCCGUCGCUCUUCGUCUUGGCUACAUUCCUCCUCCUCCUCCUCCUCGUCCCGGUCCGACGCCGCUGCUGCUGUUUUAUUAGAGAACCUGAACGAUGUGUCUCAUCAGCCAGUGUUUGAUUUUACUGUUUUAAUUUGGUUGUGUGACUGAAAGACGAAUGAAUCCUUGUUGUGCGACGCCGCUCAGUCUUUUUUUGGGGGAAACCUCCAAAAUAAAGGUCCAGUCGAUUUGGUUUUACAAAUUAAAUCCUCGCAGUCAGUUAAUUGUUCAAACGAUGGAGGUGUGUCUGAUGUUUUUUGUUUUUUUUCUUGCUCUGGAAACUAUUUAUUGUGUGAGCAGGAUUCGUGCUCUCACUGAUUGAACCUGGUGUGAAUGUUUCCCCUGAAGAGCGUCGGUGUUGGGGAGGGAAGCGUGAGACUGACCCGUUGUUUUAUUUUCUGUAAACAUGGACUCUGUUGUUUUUCCAAGUGUCCUUUGUGUGGCCUUCGGUUCGGCCUUCGAGAUGAGGCAUGCUGUCAUCGUCUGAGAACAUUUGUAAAGACAUUUAUUGGGGAAUAAAAGGAAACAAACCACCA